GAAAGGGUCAAUGUAAGUGUUAAUGUGCCAGUGUAUACAGCUGCCACUCACAAGGAAGGAUAUCUGUGCUUACAUGCAAGAGAGAAAUCUAAGUCUUUUUUUCAGUUGGAUCAUAAACGGUGACGCAAGGCAGUGUUGGUGGAGAAACACAGAGAAAGAUGUUCAACGUCUGUGGCAACUAGACACUCCCACACAUAGACCUGAGAAGGAAGUCACACGCUCAAAGGAGGACAAAGAAGCCCUAGCCAUGUUAAAGGCUAAGACAAUCAGGAUUUCCGUAGACGGCGUGGAGAGAUACGCCACUCCUCUGCUGAGGAAGAAAGACUUCGCUCGGAUGCAUGUCCCUCCAGAAGUGGUUAAAGGCCUGCUAAGGUCCACAGAGCGGAAGCUGAUUAAACAUCCAGAUCUGGCCUGCACAUACAACCAGGAAAUUAAAAAGCUGGUUGAUUCUGGUUAUGUGGUGAAGUUGACUACAGAAGAAAUUCAAAGUUCUACUGAAUCUUGGUAUGUACCACAUCAUAUAGUACAUCAUAAGUGAAUGAAUUGAGUGAAUGAACGAGUGAAUUUCUCCAUUGUGAGAUCAAUAAAGACCAUCUUAUCUUAUCUUAUAACAACAAAGCUCGGGUAGUCUUUAUUUGCUCUUUUGAGUUUCAGGGUACCAUCCUCAAUAACUACCUCCUGCCAGGCCCCACACUGGGACCUACACUACUAGGUGUACUCCUCUGCUUCCGUCAGUAUCCUGUGGCAGUUAGCGGAGACAUAAAGGCCAUGUUUCACCAGAUCCGCCUGCUCCCUGAAUACUGCCCCCUGCUAUGGUUCUUGUGGAGAGAUGGUGAAACAGAGAGGUCCCCAGAUGUAUAUGAGUGGAGAGUCCUACCCUUUGGUACUUCGUGUAGCCCCUGCUGUGCUACGCUUGCCCUUCAGAGACACCUAUCAUGGCUCCCAGCUUGGCCCAGGCCUAUAGGAGGAGGUGGUGGAUAGCAGUCACAGCCAUUAUGGAGAAUCUGCUGUUUUCUGCUGUUCUGCUGGGUUGGGCUUCACUGCUCAUCAUGCUGAAGAAGGAGGGCUUCUAUUCUCACCUCUGCAUAGAAAAUGAGACCAUUGGCACAAACAGAACAGUGGAGCUGGGGAGCAGAUGGCAGAGUUGUGUGGAACAGGAUGAGAUGCUGAAUCUUGGCUUCACCAUUGGCUCCUUCUUCUUGAGUGCAGCUACACUGCCCCUGGGAAUUCUGAUGGAUAGAUUUGGACCACGGCCGAUCAGGCUCAUUGGCAGUUCCUGUUUUGCAGCAUCCUGUGCAAUGAUAGGUGCUGCAGCAAAUGAUCCGGAAGUGCUAUCUGUCCUCAUUUUCUUUGCUGUUUCCUUCAACGGCUUUGGAGGAAUCUGCCUGACCUUCACAUCACUCACUCUGCCUAACAUGUUUGGAAAUAUACGAUCAACCAUCCUUUCCCUGAUGAUUGGUUCCUAUGCCUCUUCAGCAGUCACCUUCCCAGGAAUCAAGUUGAUUUAUGACCUUGGUGUGUCAUUCCGGCUCCUCAUGUGGGUGUGGACGGGUAUGGCCUGCAUAGUCUUCCUCAACUGCUUCCUGAACUGGCCAGGUGAAUCCUUCCCAGCACCAGAAGACAUCAGAUACACGAAGCCCAGGAAGCAAGACGAAGAGAGGAGUUCGAGCAGCAGGACCAGCGCUUCAGAGCACUACAACACCAAUUUCAGCUAUUACAGGUGGAAGUGCAAGCUCGUACCACCCCUGCCUCUGGGCCUCAAAGGGAUGAAUCACAAUCAGCAGCAGGUGCAGAUGAUGGUCUUCCAGGUGGCAGUAAUGAGCAAAGGUAUGCUCCCUCAGAUGCGGGAACGGCUGGAAAGGAUGACUGCAUUGGCUCAAGUGCACAAAGAAGAAGCACAGAAACAUCAGAAAAACUGGUAUGACCAGUCAGCUCGCUAUAGGUCUUUUAAGCCUGGCCAGAAAGUGCUGGUGCUCCUUCCGAGUGCAGACAGUAAGCUGCUGGCAAAAUGGCAAGGCCCAUAUGAAAUUCAGAACAGACUGGGACAAACAACCUACAAGAUUGCCAUUCCAGAUCAGCCCCGCUCUACCAGAGUGCUUCAUGUCAACCUGCUUAAAGAAUGGGUGGAGAGACCAAAGGCAGAUGUUUUUCUUAUUCAGGAGGUUCUAGAGGAGGAGGAAGAGGAUACUCAAUAUCUGCCACAACCCUCACCUCAGUUUCUAGACCUGGGUCACCUCUCUGAAGAGAAGCAAGCUCAG